AUGAAUGCUGUUGAUGAUACACAUGCUUCCCUCGGAGGUUCUGAACGAACCGGGUCAGAUGAGCAUCCCACACUUUUGGGAAUAGUUUUAGACACAAAUCCUACUGCAUGGGCUGAAUUAGAAAAUAAGCUCUCAUUGAAAGAGGCGGUUGAAUCGUUGCUUAUAUUUAUCAAUGCGCAUUUAUCUUUGAAUAAUGCUAAUCGAGUGGCAGUGAUUGCUGCACACACCACUGGGGCCAAGUUCUUAUAUCCUAAACCACCGAGUUCGUCAUUUGAAAAUGGGUCACAAUCGGGCCAUACAAGCUUAAAAGCAAUGUCGGGUACCACCGGCACAGCGAAUAUUUUUGAUAGGCAAACCAUGUAUCGACAGUUUCGUGAGGUUGAUGAAGCAGUUGUAGGUGAAUUGGAUCGGCUAGUAUCAUCUGCUACAGAGAAGAGCGUUCGAUCCACACAAAGUGCGGUCUCAGGCGCAUUAAGUCUAGCUCUCACAUAUAUCAAUCGAGUGAAUUCCAAUGAAGACGAAGUUAAGACCCAUGCACGCAUUUUACUGGUCAGUGUAUCUGGAGAUUUGUCUUCACAAUAUAUCCCCACAAUGAAUUGUAUUUUUGCAGCUCAGAAAAAGCGUAUUCCUAUUGAUGUGUGCAAACUUGCUGGUGAUACUGUUUUCUUGCAACAAGCCUCCGAUUCUACAAAUGGAACUUACAUGAAACUUGAUCAUCCCAGGGGACUAGUUCAAUAUUUGUUAAGUGCAUUUCUAGUGGAUCCUGCCAUCCUACCGCACGUUAACCUCAGUACUCAGCGUGAUGUUGAUUUCCGUGCUGCUUGCUUUGUCACGAAAACAGUUGUCGAUAUUGGGUGUGUUUGUAGCGUUUGCUUAUGCAUUAUGAGCAAAGUUCCUGCCGACGGUUCCUGUCCAAUGUGUGGCACAGUAUAUGAUCCUCAAGCUCUUCAAAAGAUUAACAGAAAGCCUAUGGUAAUUGUAAAGAAGAAACCAAAGAAGAAGAAAGCGAAACUGGACUCUACUCCCGUCGGUACUCCUUCCCCUAUCCCAUGA